UGAGAGGAUGAGAGCAACAGAGAGGAGAAGAGAGGAUCCGGCGGGAUGACGGCAAUAGUGGAACCUCCCUCGCUUGUCCUGCAAGGCUGUCCAGGGCUGUUGUCCAGGGCUCUCCAGGGCUGUCCAGGGCUGUCCAGUGAGUGGAAACAGGGGCUGCAAGGCUAGAAAAACCCUAAGCCUCAGAUCCUUUUAGCGUGUUGCUUAGCGCCGGCUAAGAAUCACUGCCCUGACUUGUGGUGUUCAAGCUUCAGCCUCAACCUUCACAGCCAUGAUCAUUAUCCCAUCCCGAUGUCAGAUCCGGCCAUUAUCCUGAUCAGCCCGGCUUCAUGCCAAACAGCUGAAAUCCAUCUUCACCAACUAUGCUGCUAUAAAUAAGAAGAAACAAGAAACAUCCUAUGGACCAUCCUCAUGCCACCACAACAGCACAGCCGAGUUCAUCCAAACCCAAAUACUCCUGGACUCCCGCUCUUCUCUCGGUCUCAUCACGGCACUACUGUACACUCCACCAGCCCUGCGCGAAGUGGUUCCGAGAACGUCAUGCUGGACCCUCCAUGCACAGAAUUGGACCCUUCAUCACCCACCCUAUGAUGUCCUGCUUCAGUCACAGCAUCUCGUGCUCACACGUUCAUCCUCCUGAUCCACAUACAAUAUCGCCACGAAUAACAGAGACUUCAGCCUCCCGAGAUCCGCUCUAUGACCUUAUCGGCACCCUCUUCUGAACCUUAAACCACCUCUCAUUCGGGCUUGGCUCAGCCUCUCAAUCCGAAUCUUGAUCCGCUUUUGAUAGAGCUCUUAUCCACCGUUGUAAGGAGGGAUGGAUCGAGGGUUUCAACGCAAGGCUUUGAUGAUGAUGACAGGCUGAAGUGGGGCAGGUAGAUGAUAAUGGCGUUGAAACCACGAGAAGUAUACGGGAAGGAAGCCAGUCAACCACUGGGAUAACUUCAUUUCACAUGCAAGUGCUUGUCGUGUUGUUGAUAGACCUACCCAUGCGGUGAAGUCUCUUUUUUCGUCCUCAAUUUCUCUAGUGUCGUUUCAUUCUGAUCUUGAGCAGAUAUAUACUUGAAAACCCGCAAGUACCUUUCCUCUUUUACUUCAUUCAUACCAUCUCUCUUCUCUCUCUUCAACAGUUAACAUCUCAUUAAAUUCAUCUGAUUACCCCUCAUAUCCAUCAUCAUGCCUUCCUUCGAAACAUCCGACGUGAACGUCGAGGAAAAGAGACCUCAAACACCAGGGGCUCAAAAAAAUCACCUCCAGAAAAUCCUUAGCAAUUCAUCUCCCGCAAAAUACGCCCACACCCUCAGUAUCCCAGGAGAAGAUGGCAAUAGCAUUGGCCACCCAAAUAGCAUUGAGGUUCCAGCAUCAAGAUCCUCCAUCGCCGAGAGCGAGGCACUCAUGCACUCCCUAAGCAUGGCACCAUCUCAAGUUGAUCGAAGAAAUUCCCGAAACAGCUUUGGAGCCUCACUACCAAUCCCCCGCUCAAAGCGUCAAUCACGUCUAUCAUCUGUAGCAACACAAGAUGGCAAGCCCACUAGACCAGGAAUGCCCGCCAUCCAACCCACGAGAGAUAUCCUCUCCUCUCAAGUCCAAGACAUGGAAGCUGUCAAAACCGCCGCCGCAAAAAACAUGGCUUUCGCCUUCGAUAUUGACGGUGUCCUCGUCCACGGCGAUCGCCUGAUCCCAGAAGGUCAACGGGUCCUUGAGAUUCUGAACGGUGACAACGAACUCGGUAUCAAGAUCCCUCACAUCUUCCUCACCAACGGUUCUGGCAAGCCCGAAGCAGCCCGUUGUGCUCAACUCUCCAAAAUCCUCCACAACCCCGUCUCGACCGAGCAAUUCAUCCAAUCUCACACACCCAUGUCCGCAUUGGCCGAGUACUACGAGACCGUUCUCGUCGUCGGCGGUGAAAACUACCAAUGCCGCGACGUCGCCCAACAAUACGGCUUCAAAAACAUCAUCGUCCCCAACGACAUCUACGCCUCCCAAUCCACCAUCGCCCCCCUCCGCGAACACUUCACAGCCGAACAGCGCGCGACCUCCACCCCGCGCGACUUCAGCAAAGUCUCCAUCAACGCCAUCCUCGUCUUCUCCGACUCCCGCGACUACGCGACCGACCUCCAAAUCAUCAUGGACCUCCUCCAAUCCGACAACGGCGUGCUCGGCACCCGCUCCAAGGACCCCGCCCGCCAAUCCAUCCCCAUCUACUUCUCUCAGGGCGACCUCCUCUGCCCCACCGAGCACCCCAUCCCCCGCAUGUCGCAGGGCACCUUCCGCAUCGCCCUCGAAGCCAUCUACCUCUCCAUCACAGGCCACGAGCUCGAGCGCGUCGUCUACGGCAAGCCUGAGCUGGCGACUUACAAGUACGCUGAUGAGAUCCUCACUUCCUGGAUGGCGACUAUACAUUCUGAAGAGAAACUGCCCAAGAAUAUCUACAUGAUUGGUGAUAAUCCCCAGAGUGAUAUCAUUGGGGGGAAUAUGUAUGGCUGGAAUACGUGUCUGGUGCGUACGGGUGUCUUCCAGGGCGGAGAGAACGACGAGAAGAACCCGGCGAAUUUUGGCGUUUUUGAUAAUGUGCUUGAGGCGGUUAAGUCGGCGAUUAGGAAGGAGUUGGGGGAGGAUUUCAGGUUUGAGUGGAGUGAUAGGAUGAAUCCUGUUACGGCUGGGCAUUCGAUUUCUGCUAUUGAGUAGAGAGUGCAUUGCCUCCUGCUCUUGUCCUUUCGAUUUUGUUUUUGUUGCUAUGUUUGGAUUUUCUUUUCCUUUUUUUCCCUUUUGUUUUUGCAUUGCAUUGCAUAGCUUGCGGGAUAGUGUAGAUGGAUGGGUAGAUAGAGUUUAGAGGUUUAGAAGGAUAGAAGGACAGCAGGACGGUGUUUCAAAAUAGAUGGGAUGGGUAGAUAGACAGGAUGGGAUGGGAUGGAAUGGGAUCUGCUUUCUCGAUCUCACACGGCGUUUUUGUUUCUCUUUUCCAUAAGGUAUCGUAUUUCCAUCAGCCCUCGUGCUCGAUGAUGAAUGCUCAGAUUAGAUCGAAUCAAAUCAAAUCAAAUCAAAC